AUGGCGUCAGGCCCCCUCUACGCAUCUGCGCUCGGUGAGGCGGGGGAGGGGGCCUUUGGGCCUUUCUGCCUGGGCUGCCCCCUCCCCAGUUCUGGUUGCCCAGCCCCAGGAGCAAGGGUCUGCCUGGUCCCCAUUUCAGGCCAGAUGGAUGCCAGGCUGACUCAGCUUGCAGGCCUUUGCCCUGCUCUGACAGACAUUGGUAACGGUGGUCACUGCCAAGAGGAAUACCAAGGAGCACUGAGUCCUGGAAAAAUGGGCAGAUCUGUGGGGGGCGGGGUGGGGGGGAGCCCCACCCUGGAGACAGAUAGCAGCCUGGGAUUGGCAGGAGAGAGACCAGCAGCUUGGAAAUUCAUCAUUGUAGGCCUUACUUCCCACAGUCACUCAAAACGCUUUUCAGCUUGGGCUCCUGACCCCUGGGCCUUGCUGGGCAUUGGGCAAUGGACAAUCAGCCCCAGGCGCCUCCCCACCGCCACCCCCAUUCUCAGAAGACCAGAUGUGUGGGUGACCAAGUCAACAGGCGGGCAAGAGGAACCCUGGACAGGCUGUUUAGUGACCAGGAAGGCUCCCAGGCUGGGUUGGCUGAGCAAUGCCAAGUGCUGGAGGAACGCCUGCUGCUCACUGGUUCCACACGGCGGGUAUCUGGCUCCCUCCCAUCUCUGGCUCUCAGCAACGGGCCCAGCUGACACACCGGGGCAUCUACGCCAGGCCAUUCCUGUGCAAGGCUCUUUACAAGGCAGCAUGCUUCUGGCCAAAGUCCCCAGAAGGGUCAUAUCUCACUCCUAUUUCCCAGGAGGACCUCAGAGCUCAGGGGAGCAGCCCGGGGUGGGCAGCAAGGAGGCCACAGGCACCGGCUGGGGAGCAGGGAGAAGGGAGCUCCCAGUCUCAGAGGCAGGCCCGGCCUGGAUGAUCUGCAUACUCCCAGGUAGCCUGGCCACACAAAGGCACGAGCCUUUGGAAAUUCGACAAUCAUACAUUCCCAAGAUGCCAUCCCUCUGUCCUUGGAGACCUGCUUCCCUCAGAGGAGGCCAGAGACCAGGAAGAGGGGCCUUGGGGGCCAUCUCCAGAUUUACCCUGGCCAGCCACGAGGGCCUCGCCUCGAGAUGAGCCUGGUGUUUCCUGUGGUUAAUAAGCAGCCAGA